UUGCUAAAAGUCCACGAAGCCACCCAUCCAUCCACCGCCUUUCGCAUUCACAGAUACUAACAGAAAUCUAGUGAAGUGGACGCGAAGAAACGAAUUCAACCUCCCCCCUCCUAUAUCCCUCUCUCUCUCUCCCUCAAUCACUUGUAAGUUGUCAGUCUAACCAGCCAUCCCAUCUCUCUCUCUUUAUCUCUCUAACUAGGAGUUGUCCAAAUAAAAAGCACAUUCUUGUUGCCAUCUUUCAUUCAUCCAAUCCUACCGAGUGCAACGUUUUCCAAAGUGAACAUGGAGAAAGAAGUAGGAGGAGGAGGAGGAGGAGGAAUGCAAGUGACGAGGACAAGGAGGGCGGAGAUCGAUACAAGGCAACCGUUCCGCUCCGUCAAAGAGGCAGUUGCGUUGUUCGGAGAAAAAGUUCUUGCCGGAGAGCUCUAUGCCUCCCAGCUCAAACAGAUGCAGAACGAAGCAAAUGAAAAUGGGCAUGGCCCCGCAUUAUCCAGAAUUGGAACUGUGAGAGCAGAACUAGAGGACACAAAACAAAGCCUCCAAAAAGCCAGACAAGAAAGUGAGCUCAUGGAAAACUGCCUCUCUUCUCUAAAACAGGAGCUCGAACGCACAAAGCGAGAGCUCCAGCAACUGAAGGAACGGGAGUACGAAAAACACUUCAUCGAAACGGAGAUUGAAGACGUUAGGAUUGUCGACGAAGACUCGACCAAGUUUACAACCAAAACACAAGCAUCUGGUGAGGAAGAUGAAAGUUUUGAGUUCCAAAAGAAAAGAUAUGUGACAUUUGGAAAUCCACCUUCUCGGUCUCAAGUGAUGAUUGCACAAGGUGGUGUUGAUCAAACAUUGGAAAGACACCAUUCUCUCACGAAAAAGAAAAAGAAGCCCAUGAUUCCUCUGAUCGCAGGGAUCUUUUCUAAGAAGAAAGGAAGCUCACAGGUUGCUUAUGCUUGAUGCAACAUACAUGCCCACACAUACUUCUUGGCUCCAAGAGGAUUGUAUUUCAACCCUUUUUUGUACAAGUGUAUUUUGUAUGUUUCAGUUCUUUUAACCUAUUAUGUAAAUUUGGCUUGAGAUAAGAUGAAAUUGUAAUGUUGUACGUGGAUUGAUUAUACCA